AUGUCUGGCCACAUCCCCUCCGCCCGCGUGUACAUGUCUGGCAGCAUCCCCUCCGCCGCCGCAUCCCCUCCGCCCGCGUGUACAUGUCCGGCCACAUCCCCUCCGCCUGCGUGUACAUGUCCGGCCACAUCCCCCUCCGCCCGCUGUACAUGUCAGGCCGCAUCCCCUCCGCCUGCGUGUACAUGUCCGGCCGCAUCCCCUCCGCCCGCGUGUACGUGUCCGGCCGCAUCCCCUCCGCCUGCGUGUACAUGUCCGGCCGCAUCCCCUCCGCCCGCGUGUACAUGUCCGGCCGCAUCCCCUCCGCCCGCGUGUACAUGUCCGGCCACAUCCCCUCCGCCUGCGUGUACAUGUCCGGCCACAUCCCCUCCGCCCGCGUGUACGUGUCAGGCCGCAUCCCCUCCGCCUGCGUGUACAUGUCCGGCCGCAUCCCCUCCGCCCGCGUGUACGUGUCCGGCCGCAUCCCCUCCGCUGCGUGUACAUGGUUCCGGCCGCAUCCCCCUCCCUCGCCCGCGUGUACGUGUCCGGCCGCAUCCCCUCCGCCUGCGUGUACAUGUCCGGCCACAUCCCCUCCGCCCGCGUGUACAUGUCCGCCGGCAUCCCCUCCGCCUGCGUGUACAUUCCGUCCGCAUCCCCUCCGCCGCGUGUUAUAUGUCGGGCCGCAUCCCCUCCCGCCCGCGUGUAUAUGUCCGGACCGCAUCCCCUCCGCCCGCGUGUACAUGUCCGGCCGCAUCCUCUCCGCCCGCGUGUAUAUGUCGGGCCGCAUCCCCUCCGCCCACGUGUACAUGUCCGGCCGCAUCCCCUCCCCCCGCGUGUACAUGUCCGGCCGCAUCCCCUCCGCCGCCGCAUCCCCUCCGCCCGCGUGUACAUGAAUGGCCACAUCCCCUCCGCCUGCGUGUACAUGUCCGGCCACAUCCCCUCCGCCUGCGUGUACAUGUCCGGCCGCAUCCCCUCCGCCCGCAUGUAUAUGUCCUGGCCAGCAAUCCCCUCCGCCUGCGUGUACAUGUCGGUCCAGCAUGCCCCUCCGCCCGCGUGUACAUGUCCGGCCGCAUCCCCUCCGCCUGCGUGUACAUGUCCGGCCGCAUCCCCUCCGCCCGCGUGUAUAUGUCGGGCCGCAUCCCCUCCGCCUGCAUGUACAUGUCCGGCCGCAUCCCUACGCAUCCCUUCUGCCCGCGUGUACAUGUCCGGCCACAUCCCUACGCAUCCCUUCUGCCCGCGUGUACAUGUCCGGCCGCACCCCCUCCGCCCACAUGUACAUGUACAGCCACAUCCCCUCGGCCCGCGUGUACAUGUUCGGCCGCAUCCCCUCCGCUCACGCGCGGAUGUCCGGACAGGUGUUGGCCAUCUUCCUGCUAUAACUCGUUUCCUCACGAAAGUUCCUAA